UUGGACUUGUUACGCUGUCUGAUUGGUUAGUGAGAAAAAUCAUUGUAUUUAUUAGCAAAUUUCAAAGAAUGUCGUGGAGCAAUGAUUUAGUGCUGGAAUUUUUGGAACUGUAUCGAAGGGAACAGCACCUAUGGGAUCCAAAACAUCCACAGCACAAAAAUAGAAUCGAAAAUAACAAUGCCUGGCUCAGAAUACAAUCAUCUUUAAGCAUUCAUUGCUCGGUCGUCGAUCUUAAAAAAAAGAAGGAAUCGCUGAUGACUUCCUUUAGAAUGCAUUUAAAAAGAAAAUUAAAAUCGCAAGAUGGAUACAGUACGACUUGGUUUGCUUAUCCGAUAAUGGAAAGCUUUCUUGGCGGGAAAUAUGAAUGUGACAACACCAACCAAUUGGAACAUGAGUUCUAUACUAAUGACAAUCAAUUCAACACUCAAACGUUACUGUCCGAAACGAACACGCCGCGGACCGCGAACCCGACCGACAAGAAAUCCAACAAACAAACGUGUCAAGUGAACAAUUCGAAAACGAAGAACUUCGACAAUACCGAAUUGAAAUACGCAAAGAAACAAAUGGACGAUGCUGUAACGUAUUUGAAGAACGUUGCGGCUCAGAAACGGGAAUCAGACGAAUGCGAACUCUACGGGCGACUGCUCGCUAAGAAGCUACGGAAAUUAGACGAACAUCAACGAGACGUGGCCAUGCACGAAAUAGACAAUAUAAUGUUCAGGGCGAGAAUGCAGACCGGUGGCACGCAACGGAGUUACACGGCUUCAACUUCGCCAGUACCGAGGAAGAUUAAAUCCCCGAUCUUCAUUGUGACCCAGGAAAACGGACAACAGUUCGAAGAUGAGAAUACGCCUUACCAAAAUCACAUGCAAGGACUGCAGCAGACGUAAUACAAAUAUAUUUUGUUUGAACGGCUAAAUUACUGUGAUUUUUAAACUAGAAAUAUGUGAAAUCGAUCGAUAAGUGUCAGACAUGUCGUUUGAGAUAAUUGGCGACAUUAUUUAGGGUUGUUCAUAAUCGAAGCUAGGGUUGAGCUAAGCCAUUGUGACGGAUCCGGACAGACCUUUUCAGUUUUUAUCGAAACCGAAGCUCGAACUGAAACAUAAUAAUUAAAUUUGAGCCCCACAGGUAGUUGCCAUCUUAAUGCUUAUUUCUGCCGCGGAAUAGUCAUACCUUUUGGUUUAACAAUACAUUUUUGUUUCCUACCUAUUAGCUUAUAGUUAAGAGGCUAUUUCCAGAUACGCGCGGACGUAGGUGAGCCCGCGGGUUCAAUUUGAGCUCAAUCUAACACUAGCUCUACUAAGAGUAGUACUUCACAGAAUCCACUACCAGAUUGGAAUCACGGUCCACCGAAGACCAUAUAAUCUAAUUGCAAAUUCUACAAUCUAAUUGUGAAAUUUCAAAUUGCCGUCGUUAUUUGAUACUGACCGUUUAAUAUUAAGUGGGUAGUAAACUUAUCUGCUCAUUUAGUUCAUAAAAACAAAUGUCGGAUGAGAUAAAUAAUAUGGUGGUGGCUUUAACUGGUCUGAUGGUGUACCCGGAAUGCGGAUCGCGAUACCCUUGACACAAUGGGUGAAAGCAAUGGGUUUGUGCUUUUUUAAUUGUAUCUUUUGAGUACUGCUCGCAAAACAUAUUUUUUUUUUUGCAUGAAUUCUUAUAAACUUAUGGCAAUCGUGAUUAGCAGAAUUUAGAUUCGAGGAAUAGAGUGUUUUCUAUAUACGUAGUGUCUGUAAAAACGUAUGAUUUUAAGUUUUUAUUUUUUAUU